AUGACCGACGCCCUGAAACUUCACUCCCCCACAGCGCUUCUAGAUGCCUUGUGCACUUGCAUUGAAAAAGACAUCCACCCGCUCUCAACCCCCGCCGUAGCCGCCGGAUCCAAACUCUUUGGCGCAGCUAUCCUCCGCAAGUCCGAUCUGAGUGUCGUAUACGCAGAUACAAACCAGGAACGGGGCUCUCCUCUAUGGCAUGGCGAGACCUGGACACUGAAACAAUUCUUCGAGAUCCCGGCCGAUCAACGCCCACAAGUUGAUGGUUGUCUAUUCCUCACAACUCAUGAACCAUGCUCAUUGUGUCUGUCGGCUAUUCUGUGGAGUGGAUUUGAUAAUUUCAUUUAUAUGUACACCUAUGAAGAGACACAUCAUGUGUUUGAGUGCAAUGGGGAUCUAGAUAUUUUCAACGACGUGUUCAACGUUCGCCAGGGUGAGACAGGUAGGCAGGCUAGUUUGGAUGGCAAGUUGGCCCAAAUACGACCGCAGUACAAGUUACGCAGCAGCAGGCUAGUCGCUCUGAGCUUCGCUGAACUUCUGGCUGCCAUAACAGACAAGAUGACACAGGCGGAGUAUUUAGCGAAAGUGAGCCGUGUCAAAACGAGCUACGGACGACUAUCGGAGGCUUAUCGGAGGAAUAUGAGUGUGGAGGAGUAA